AUGACCAGAGUCGCGUGCGACGCCUGCGGCAAACUCGCGGGAACCGCUCACUGGGUCGUCGACGAGUUCCUCUGUGACCUCGCUGAAGAGGUUGAUGUCGCCGUUGCAGAGAAAGACAAAAUGCAGCGACGCCUCGAUGAGAUGAAGCCCAAACAUUUCGAAGAGAUGGCAAAAUUUUAUUCGGUGAAAGACACGCGCGACAGGAACGAGAUUCACUUGGGCGUCUAUCUGGACUUCGACGAGGCCAAGACGCUAGGGGGAAAGUUGUACAAGCAAUGCGAAAGGGUCAGGAAGCGCAAAGAGAAGUCCGACAUGCUUUUCAGCAAAGCAGAGAAACGCUUCAUCCCCUUUCGCACAAAGUACGAAGCUGCUAUGGAGUCUUUGGCCAAGGCGAACCGACGAUUGAUCAGCGCCAAUACGGAAUACAUUUUCACCGAAACUCUGAAGAGUCGCAAGAAGAAGGAGCGGCUUGCACAGCUGGCUUGCAGUAGCACCAACAGAACGAUCAAGAUCGAAUCAUCUGAUGCCUCGUUACUUGAUAUCCCCGAGGUGAAAAGUGAGGCUUUCACCAAGGAAGUUAUUGGUCAAACGAUUCCUCGACAUGAUCUAGAAGCAGCUGCAAAGGAACUCUUUCCGGAUGUCGAUUCGAUUGAUCGCCAUCGGUCCGGCGAGAAGACUUCAGAUUGCCCAACGACGUCUCCCAGUAUAGUGAGAAGUGGCGUACAACGGACCGGCCGGAGAGCGGUACACCGAAAUCAACCCUAUGUGUUAUAA